GCCCUGGAGCUGGCAUCUGGGUCGGGCUGCAGGCCCUGGCCCUCUCCCCCACCACCCCCCAUACAGUCAUCAUGCCUGUGCAGCCGUCGCCGCCCGCUGCCGCCAGUGACCCGGUGACCCCGGAGGCCCGUCUGGGCCCGGUGACCCCGGAGCCCCGGGCAUCCGGACCCCCGUCACAGGCGCAGCCGCUAUUAAGGCAGGAGGCUACCAGGGAGGAGGAAGGGGAGGAGACAGGCGGCCAGGGCGCCUGGGGCACCGGCACGGCUGAGCAACGGCGGCGGGGUUGGGGGGAGGCCGACGAGGGCACGGGGAAGGCCGGCGGCACGGAGGCCGCAGGCUCGGACCCCUCGGCCCGCGGUUCGGGCGACGGGCAAGGGAGCUGGCGGCCGCUUCUCGGCUGGCUACGGCGCCCGCCGCCCCAGUGCUGCCCCUGCGCGGCGCCCCUUCCCCGCUCCGCCGCGCACUGUUGUCAUGGAGGAACCAAGAUGGCGGCUCUGGCCUACAACCUGGGCAAGCGGGAGAUCAACCACUACUUCAGCGUGAGGAGCGCCAAGGUGCUGGCGCUGGUGGCCGUGCUGCUGCUCGCAGCGUGCCACCUCGCGUCCCGCCGCUACCGAGGCAAUGAUUCGUGUGAAUACCUUCUCUCGAGCGGCAGAUUUCUUGGAGAAAAAGUUUGGCAACCUCACAGUUGUAUGAUGCAUAAAUACAAAAUAAGUGAAGCAAAGACUUGCCUUGUAGAUAAACACAUUGCGUUUAUUGGAGAUUCCAGGAUCCGUCAAUUAUUUUAUUCUUUUGUAAAAAUCAUUAACCCCCAGUUUAAAGAAGAAGGAAAUAAGCAUGAAAACAUUCCUUUUGAGGACAAGGCUGCAUCAGUUAAAGUGGAUUUUCUUUGGCAUCCAGAAGUUAAUGGUUCCAUGAAACAGUGUAUCAAGGUGUGGACUGAGGACUCGGUUUUGAAGCCCCAUGUGAUUAUAGCAGGAGCAGCCACAUGGUCCAUCAAGAUUCAUAAUGGGAGCGAGGAAGCACUAUCUCAAUAUAAAAUGAAUAUCACCUCCAUAGCACCGCUCUUAGAAAAAUUGGCCACGACUAGUGAUGUUUAUUGGGUCUUACAAGACCCAGUUUAUGAGGAUCUCUUAAGUGAAAAUAGGAAAAUGAUUACCAAUGAGAAGAUAGAUGCCUACAAUGAGGCUGCAGUCAGCAUCCUGAACAGCAGCACCAGGACCUCUAAGUCCAAUGUGAAGAUGUUCAGUGUUUCCAAACUCAUUGCCCAAGAGACCAUCAUGGAGUCUUUGGAUGGCUUACACCUUCCUGAAUCGAGCAGAGAAACUAGUGCAAUGAUUCUCAUGAACGUGAACUGUAAUAAAGUUGUGAAGCCUGUGGAUGGUUCCUGUUGUCAGCCUCGGCCACCUCUCACUCUCAUUCAGAAGCUAGCUGCUUGCUUUUUCACUCUAUCCAUUAUUGGGUAUUUCAUUUUCUAUGUAAUUCAUCGUAAUGCUCACCGGAAGAAUAAACCAUGUACUGAUUUGGAAAGUGGCGAGGAAAAGAAGAAUAUUAUCAAUACUCCUGUGUCUUCAUCAGAAAUACUUUUACAGUCUUUUUGCAAACUUGGCCUGAUUAUGGCUUAUUUCUAUAUGUGUGACCGUGCAAACCUAUUUAUGAAGGAAAACAAAUUUUAUACACAUUCAUCAUUCUUUAUUCCAAUUAUCUACAUCUUGGUUUUGGGAGUAUUUUACAAUGAAAACACAAAAGAGACUAAAGUGUUGAAUAGAGAGCAAACUGAUGAAUGGAAAGGCUGGAUGCAGCUUGUGAUUUUGAUCUAUCACAUCUCGGGAGCAAGCACAUUUCUGCCUGUGUACAUGCACAUUCGCGUUCUGGUGGCUGCAUAUCUGUUUCAGACAGGGUACGGGCAUUUCUCUUACUUUUGGAUCAAAGGAGAUUUCGGGAUUCAUAGAGUAUGUCAGGUCUUAUUUCGUCUCAAUUUCCUGGUUGUGGUGUUAUGUAUCGUAAUGGAUCGACCAUAUCAAUUCUAUUACUUUGUCCCCUUGGUCACCGUGUGGUUCAUGGUCAUAUAUGUCACUUUAGCACUGUGGCCACAAAUAACCCAAAAGAAGGCAAAUGGAAAUGUUUUCUGGUAUCUCGGCUUACUGCUGAAACUAGGCUUGCUGCUGCUGUGCAUAUGGUUCUUGGCGCAUUCUCAGGGUGCAUUUGAGAAGAUCUUUUCUCUAUGGCCACUUUCCAAAUGUUUUGAACUAGAAGGGAGCGUGUAUGAAUGGUGGUUCAGGUGGAGGCUAGACCGCUACGUUGUCUUCCAUGGGGUUCUGUUUGCUUUCAUUUAUCUGGCUUUGCAGAGGCGGCAAAUACUGUCUGAAGGAAAGGGGGAACCGCUCUUUUCCAACAAAAUCUCCACCUUCCUAUUGUUUGUUUCAGUAGUGUCUUUCUUGACCUAUUCGAUCUGGGCUAGCAGCUGUAAGAACAAAGCAGACUGUAACGAACUCCACCCAUCUGUGUCUGUGGUACAGAUUGUAGCCUUCAUCCUGAUAAGGAACAUCCCUGGAUAUGCCCGUUCUAUAUACAGUUCUUUUUUUGCUUGGUUUGGAAAAAUUUCACUAGAGCUGUUCAUCUGUCAGUACCACAUCUGGCUGGCAGCAGACACAAGGGGCAUCCUGGUCCUUAUCCCUGGAAACCCGACACUCAACAUCAUCGUCAGCACGUUCAUCUUCGUUUGCGUGGCACAUGAGAUUUCUCAGAUCACCACUGACCUCGCGCAGGUCGUUAUUCCUAAAGAUAACCCGUCUCUCUUCCGAAGGCUGGCAUGUACGCUUGCAUUUUUUGGUGGAGUCCUCAUCUUAUCCACCAUUCAAGAUAAAUCAAGACUGUAGGCUCCUACAAUCCUAACAACAAACUCUUCAGGCUUACUUUGCAUCUGCCUAGACAAGAAAAUCAUCUGUCUGAAGAUAUUAAUGACUGUGUAAAUAUAAACAUUUGGCAACAGGACAGUUUUGUGACGUCUGUUGAACUUGUGUGAUUGUAUAUAUCAGCACUGUGUUUAUCCAAUGUGAAAUGCACACAGUGAACCAGGAUGCAUCGUAUAAGAGUGCAUGUGGAAAACACUUUUCUACCAGAUCUGUGUCUCCAUUUAUUGGUGAUUAUAGUUAGCAUAUGAUGGCAGGGAGUGGUGGACUUUCCAGUAAACCUAUGUAAGUACGUUAAUUAGGUGAGUGGCACCACUGUGUGUCUUGAUAUCCUCUGACUGUGUGGUAAUCAUUGCAUCGGCAUCUGUGCACACAGAACCUCCUACUUCACAGACAACUUAGUACCGAAGUGACUUGCAGUGUUCUUUCCUGUCCCAUGUGCAAUGCUGUGGAAUGAGAAACCGUAUGUCUUUAAGCCAUGCGUAUUCAUAUCCGGUGUGUGUUUCCUGAUGUGAUUUUCCCUAGCUGUAGUUUGCGGGUAUGUAAGCCUAAAUCUUUGUACACUUUGCCCUUCACAGAGUUGCUCUAAAGCUCUGUGACAAGGUUUUGUUAUUGUGCAUGUUGUUGUUGCUUAUUUUUAACAAAGCCAAAUUUUCCUUCCAAUCCAAACAGUCUAUUUCUUCUUCCUAAACUAUACCAGAAUUUAAAAAGAAAACAAAACAAAACAACAACAACAAAAACAAAAACCCUACCCCGUGGAUCCAUUAGUGUUUGCUGGUCGCUAAUUAAGUAGAGUAUAUUAUUUCCAAUGUUUGGAAGGUUCUUUAUAGACACUUGGUAUUGCUUAUUAUGCCCUCAUUUUUAAAAAAAAAAUAUUUACCGAUCUGAACCUGUGUAGCAUAAUGAAGUUCCAAAUCUUUGAUUGAAAUGUGUGACCGUAGUAGAAUUUUAAGUAAACUGCUGAUUUUGAACAAUAAAUGAUCUGUUUGUUUUUUACAAGUAACUGUUAGAGGUAUACAUUUAUUUAUCUGUUGUACAGAUCUGAUUAUGAUUUUUAAUGUAUAAAAUAUUGCACUUAUUUGCUCUCAUUCUGUGUGUGGUAAGAUGUAUUUUCUGUUUAUAGUGUGUGACAAUAAGAAGUAAUUUAAACAGUAAAUAAACACUCAGUGGAUGCUUAUUUUUGUAUUGGCAAA